AUGUUAAAACCAACUCCCACCUCAUUACAUGUGACAACGAUACAGGGACAGAAUGAAACAAUUGAUACUUUCGAAAGAGCUUCCAUUAACAAGAAUAAGAUACCCAGUAAGGAGAUUGUGGAAAAGUUGUUUGAAAAGUUACUAUCGAUACGAGCGUUUCCUGAAAAGGCUAAAAUUAGUUUGAGAAAUCUGUCGACUGAACGGAAAUGGGACCUUCUUUUAACUGAAAAUGAGACAAAUAGCUUUUUUGAUUUGAGUCGAAUGUCGCUCGCUUCAAUGUCCGCUGUAUCGUUACCAGAAAAUGUUAGAUCCACUCACUCCAAGACUCCUGAUUUGAGUUCACAUGCAAAACCAGAUAGUGCUCCUAUGCCUUCAAAGCGACGAAGAUCGUUUUUUCUUCCAAAAGAACCGCAACAACAUCGAGAGACUAUGAUAAAUGAGGGUUCUCCCGGUUGGUUCGUUUGGAAACUUUUAAAUAAAGACAUUGAUCUUAAGAGCUUGGUCAAGUUGGAGAAGCAUCUAGCUGAAAACAAGUUACUCCAGCAAGAAAAAGUGACAUGGACCCAAAGCUUCUUAUCGUUACAGGGGGAAACUGCUCUAGCGGUGAACUUGUCGCUGAUUAGUAAAAAAGUUAUAAAGUCAGAUGAGGAAUACAAUCACGAAUACCUUCUCGUCAAAUGCUUAAAGAAUGCAUUAGAAAACCAGGCAUACUUGAAACAAUCGAAUAAUGACCAUGAUACCCCUAUAAGUAAAUCUGUCAUCAUGACAUCACUAAUGGGAGCACUAACAUCUACCAGAAUGAGUACCAGGUUUCUCGUCACCGAGAUUUUAGUUAAUUUGAUGAAAAAUGGCCACAAAGAAUUACGAAUGAAUAUAGUCAAUCACUUAAGAGAUUUAUCGUUCAGCAAUAAGAAGACAUCACAUUUUAGAGCGUGGUUGGAAGUUUUUGGGAGCUCUUUGAGAACAGCAAGCUGGGGAAGUAAGGUAAGCGACCAUUCGUAUUUGAAAAACUAUAUCACCAUCACACUCAUAUUGAUUAAUGUUAUUGUAAACACGACCGGGCCAGCACGCAAGAGGAUUGUUAUCCGAAAAGAGCUUGAAGAAUCACAUCUACUCUCUGUAUUUGAAACAAUCAAACAGUUUGAAGAUGAUAGGAUCCAUCAGGAAUUGGAGAAAUAUGAACGGUUGGCAAGAGAAGAUGAAGAGGAGAAGAUAAUGAGACAUAGCAAGACGCUACCUACACUACCGACACCACAGACUAUUCUGAACCAUGAUGACGAGACUGACUCACAAUCGGUACUGGCAAGCUCACUUGUUGUCUCUGAUGAUUUGGAAGAGCUAAGCAGAUAUGGACUCUUUGGCAGUCAAAAGAAAAAGUCACGAGAAAUCGAUUUGAGAGACCAGUCGCAGCCAGAAACAUCUGGAUCUAGUUUCCCGAGAAACAACGAAAGUCUACUUGCUCAACAAGUGUAUCUGAAAAUUGCAAAACUUGAAUCCUCGCUGAACUCGAGUGGCUUAAAAAACAAGGUUCUCUUACUUCUUGAUAGCUUAAUCGAGACUGGUCCCCAUCUGCAACUCCUAUUCAAUGAAAAAGACUCAUUUUCAGCUGGAACUGUUGAAAGAUUGAUUGACUCCUUAGCAUCAGAAUCUAUUGCUCGCAAUGCCAUUGCUGAGACCAAAACUUUGAAGAGAGAGUUGAAGCGACAAAAGCAGCUAAAUGAAAGUCUUGCAAAAAAUGCUGAAUUGCAAAACAAGAGCAAGCUAGCAACAGAUAAUGAAUCACAUUUGCAAGAGAUCAAAUCACUUGGGCGUCAAAUCAGCUUGCUCCAACGGCAAAUAAAGCAGCUUGAACAAGACAAGGCUAAAAAUUUCCGAAAUCGGAAUAUCAACCAUUCUUUUGAAGACCUUAGCAAUCGAGAAGAAACUGAUGAUGAUGUUGAGAUAAAUAAUCAAAUUGAAGCUUUAGUUGAUUUCCACGGAACCAACCUCGAAACAUCCAAGAAAGCUUUUCGUGGUCCACCCACCCCCCCUCUUUUAUAUUCUAGACCAAACAUACCAGUGCAAGAAAAAGAUGACAAUUCAAUCUCGGAAAGUGCUUCCCAGGAAGGGGACAAAGCCGUUGAACAAGCCAAAUGCAACGAGUCUCCUACGGCUGCUCUAUCGCAGGCUCUGCCUGUUAUUGCACCUCCACCUCCUCCUGUACCUACAUUCUUGGAAGACCUGGGCAAAAGUACAAGAGCAGCUAUAGCUACGAGGUCAGUGAAUGUACCACUGGCUCCACCUCUUCCACCUUUUAUGGUCGACUUGAAAUUGGAAGGUAAAGACAAGACUUUGGCAUCAUCAAAACCAGAAGAAACUGCAGGGGUCAGAAUGCAAGUAGCUGAGCCCAUAGCCCCACCUCCUCCUCCGCCACCUCCUCCGCCACCUCCUCCGCCGCCUUUGCCACCAUUUGCACUUGCUCAAAAAGAUACAUCUAGUUCACUGGUUGUCUCAAUUGAUAGUGUAGGAUCUGCAUCAACACCACCUGGUGCACCCCCACCACCACCACCACCAUUAUCAUUACUUUUGACCACACUGAAAACUGUGUCCGGAUCUGCCGAUACUUCCCUUUCUGAGAGUGACCAAAGUACCACCAACGAACCACCUCAAACUACGUUAAAACCUAAAGUGAAGUUGAAGCAACUACACUGGAAUAAAAUCAACGAUAUUGAAAAGACUUUUUGGAACGAAGUUGAGGAUUCCUCAAUUCUGGAAAAGCUUGCAGACGAAGGUAUAUUUGCCGAAAUUGAGAAAAUCUUUGCUGCUUCACAACCACUGAAGAAAGUUCCCGAAUUGGAGAAGAAUAGAAGAGCAAAUGCCGACUCUAAAACAGCAAAAGUAUCCUUUCUUUCUAGAGAUUUGGCACAACAAUUUGGAAUCAAUUUGCACAUGUUUGCAGGGGUUUCAGAUGAAGCGCUUGUUUUGAAGAUUUUAAGAUGCAGCCCGGACAUAUUGGAGAAUAUUAGUGUUAUUGAAUUCUUUAAUAAUGACUCGUUAGUUGAAGUGAGUGAUAGUUUGGCAAAGAAUCUUUUGCCGUAUUCAAGUGACCCUCGCACAGGCAAAAAGCCACAAAGAGAUCCCAAUGAACUUGAUCGAGCUGACAGAUUGUAUCUUGAAUUGUGUUUCAACCUCAAGCAUUAUUGGAGAGCUAGGUCAAAAGCAUUACUUUUCACACAGUCGUAUAACAAAGAGUAUGUUCAUUUGAAAGAAAAAUUGGACUUGAUUGAUCUGGGUAUUUUGUGUGUGAAGGAGUCGGAUGGUUUCAAACGGGUAUUGAGCGUGAUGAAAAUCAUGGGGAAUUUUAUGAAUGAGCAAACAAAACAAGCUCGCGGAUUCAAGUUAGACUCCUUGCAGAGGCUCAAGUAUAUGAAGGAUGAACUGAACUCGAUGAGCUUUCUCCAUUAUAUUGAAAAGAUUAUUAGGCAAUCGUUUUCGGAAUAUGGGUCCUUUGUUGAUGAUUUAGAGUUUUUAACUGAGACUCAAAAUGUAUCAAUUGAACAAUUGGAAGCCGACUGUAAAGCCUUCAAUAAAGAGGUGGAAAUAAUAAACAAUUCACUUCAACAUGGAAGAUUGAGCAGAGACAAGGAUUUGCAUCCAUCUGACCGGAUUAUACAAACCGUCACUGUUCCAAUGCAAAACGCUACAAGCAGAAACGCCCUUGUACAAUCUCGCAUGCGAAGAACAAUGUCAAACUUCAAAUCAUUGAUGAUGUAUUUUGGUGAAGAGCCAAAUGAUGCAAAGGCAAAAGACAGUUUUUUUCAAAAAAUUUCCACUUUUGUGGCUGAAUUUAAGAAAGCGCAUAUCGACAAUAUACAAAGGGAAGAAGAACAAAGAGUUUAUGAUGCUAGGAAGAGGAAAAUUGAAGAUGAAUCGGCAAACAAAACUCCGGUUGAAGAAGCUGACGAAAAGAACUUUGUUGAUAGUGUUGAAGAAUCGUCAGCUGUUAUCGAUUCAUUGUUGGAGAAAUUGAAGUCCACUUCUAACCAUGCCAAAACAAAAAGAGAAAAUCGAAAGAGCAAAUUGUUAACUGAGACAUCGGAGCCUGAUGUCUCGCCCUCAGAUUUGGACUUGGACACAGUUGCUGUUGAAAAUGAAUAUGAAAGUGUUAAUAAUCUCAAGCGAAGACUAACAACAAGAAAGAGUAAGCUUGGUUUGGCUUCAACAAAGGAGCAAGGUGUUUCACGUGCACAAGUGAUGUUGCAUCAAUUGAGGACAGCCGAGGAUCUUACAUUGGUUCUACCCAAUGACGAUGUCGAUAAGGAAAACAUUGUGAGUACAGAGAAGGAAGAACAAUGUGAAUGA